AUGAAAGUUUGUCAGAAACUACUUGUUAUUGUUCUAACGGCAACUUUUAUAGCUGUUACCUUUGCUGAAUAUAAUGAAUUAUGUGCACGAUUUGUCGAUGGAAUGCAAUUUCGUCAACCUGGCAACUGUCAAGCUUAUGUCACUUGUAAAAAUGGAACUGGAACUGUCACAUCUUGCCCCAAAGAUAAACUCUAUGACAAAGACAGCAAGAAGUGCGUUACUUCUCUGAGUGAUUCAUAUUGCAAGGAGCAAUGCAAGAAUAAAGAUAAUAAAUGGAUAGCUGAUCCAGCUAACUGUAACGGAUAUUUCUUCUGUCAAUCUGGCAAAGGUCUCAAGGGAACCUGCACUGAUGGCUAUCAUUUUGAUGAAUCGGCACAAUUAUGUGUCUUCCCUCAGGAUUCGGAGUGUAUUGAUAUAUCGGAUUUUUGUGGAAUCCUUCCUAAAAGUGCCUCAUUUUCGGAUCCUAAUAACUGCAAUAAGUACUUUCAAUGUAGUAAAAGUACUAUGAAAAAAACAACUUGUGCAAAUGGUCAGUACUAUGAGGUAGCAAGUGGCAAGUGCAAGAGUAAAUAUGAAGUAACUUGCAAGUCUCAUCCGAUUCCAACAAAUGCAUGUGGCAAGGACAGCAAACCGGUAUACAAUAAGUAUGUUGAAGAUAAUGCAAGUUGCAGGGGAUAUUUCUAUUGUGCUUAUAAGGGUCCAAAAAUAUCUGACAAGAAGCCUUCCUGGAGUCAGUGCGCUGAGGGAUUGUUUUUCAAUAAAGAUAAGCAAGCUUGUUAUGAUCCGGCAGAGACAAGUUGUAAGCACAAUCGUUGUGAGGGUCGGGGUAAUUUAAAAGUUAUUGCCGAAGACUUUGGAUGUCGUCAUUAUUAUGCCUGUGAGGAAGGUUUUGUUAAGGAAAAACGAAAGUGUGCAAAGGAUAUGUUUUUCGAUGAAUCGUUACAAGCUUGUACAUUUAAAGAGACUUUCUAUUCGGUUUGUGAUUUUUAA